AUGGAAGCUGGUAUAUUACAACUUAUUUCAAGGAAGAGUUUCAUAUUCCUGGCGCUAUAUGAGUUUCUGGGAACAUUCAUAGCACUAUUAAGUGUAAACUGUGCAUAAAACAACUCAGCAGUAGUAGGAGUAGGCUUCUUUAUUGCGGCGACCUUAACUGGCAGAGUAUCAGGCGGACAUUUCAAUGGAGCAGUCACAAUCGCUGUCUACAUUAUAGAAGGUAGAUGGUGCAAGAACUUAUUCGUUGCAUUCUUUGUCAUCGUUGUGGACAUCUUAGCAGCAUUUACAGCUAUGGCCGUGGCAUUAGCAAUGCUUGGAGUAAAUGGAACAUUCACUCUUUUACCUCCAUAAACUAAACAACUCGUAGACUUUGGCGACAUCAUAACAGUAUUGUUUGAGGAGACCUUAUUCACCUGGAUUCUGGUAACAUCAAUCCUUUUCGUCAAGUAUCGUAAUGUUACAGCCACUAGUGAUGGAAUGCUUUCUAACUUAACAGUUGGGUUGGCUAUUUACGUUACUGUUAGUAUGAGUGGGCCAAUUACAGGUGGUGCUUUGAACCCCACCUUCGGACUUGCACUAAUCUCGACUGAUAUCAUAGCUAAAGGCUAUUAUCCAGAAAAAACAGCGCCAGUCAUCCCAGAAUUCUUAAUUUCAUACACUAUUGGCCCUAUUUUAGGAGGAAUACUCGCAGGUUUAAUGCUUAUACUUACAUAGAAGAUUGCACCUUUAUUAGAGGAAGAGGUUCCUGCCUACGAAGAAGAUAUAGAUUAGUAUGACGAUGAAGAAGAAUUAAUUGCACAUAUAGCUACAGAACCAGCUCAUAAAACAAGUAGACCAGUUUCAAUCAAUUCAGCUGAUCAAAGAAAUUAUACAGUUCAACAGACUUAACCGAAAAAUAGUUAGAAGAAAAAGAGGAUAUAAGGUGUGACUAGUCUUUAGGCAAAAGAUUAUCUGUUCACUCACUGA